AGACUUUGUUCUACCCGGAAAUCUUAGCGCUUACACAUGUACCCUGAAUUCGUUUCGGCACGCCAUUGUGGGAAAUAUUUACUUUCACACCACUGACUCCUUGCUGAGAGCGUACCUUCAAAGUCAUCCCGGGUGAAAUAAAGAAAGAAAUAACUACCCCACAAUGGCUACGGACUCCUGGGCACAAGCAGUGGACGAGCAGGAAGCCGCGGCGGAAUCGAUCGGUAGCCUCCAAAUAAAGGACAAGCCAGAGGAAAAUGGAACGGCUGCGAAUGCAACAGACUCCAGCAGUGCUGCUGUCAAGUCAGAAGUUGCCGUAGAAGAAAAGGGAACCGAUGAAUAUGACAACGACAAAGAUGACAAAGCGGCACAGUCAUUAUUGAACAAGCUCAUCCGGAAUAAUCUCGUCAAUAACACAAAUCAAGUGGAAGUUCUUCAGAGGGAUCCCAACUCUCCGCUCUACUCUGUUAAAUCCUUCGAGGAGUUGCGACUCAAACCACAGCUGCUUCAGGGCGUGUACGGCUUGGGUUUCAACAGACCAUCCAAAAUCCAGGAGACUGCCUUGCCUAUGAUGUUGGCCGAACCUCCACAGAAUCUGAUUGCUCAGUCACAGUCGGGAACAGGGAAAACGGCUGCCUUUGUCCUGGCAAUGCUCAGUCAUGUAGAUCCCAACAAAAGAUAUCCCCAGUGCUUGUGUGUGUCACCCACCUAUGAACUGGCCCUUCAGACUGGUAAGGUAAUCGAGCUCAUGGGCAAACACUAUCCUGAGGUCAGACUUGUCUACGCCAUCAGAGGAAACAAAUUGCAGCGGGGCAUGAAGCUGGAGGAACAGAUUGUUAUUGGCACACCAGGUACCAUGCUGGACUGGUGCGGUAAAUUCAAAUUCAUAGACCCCAAGAAGAUAAUGGUAUUUGUGCUUGACGAGGCUGAUGUCAUGAUCGCAACACAGGGCCACCAGGACCAGAGCAUCCGCAUCCAGAGGAUGCUGCCUAAAAACUGCCAGAUGUUGUUGUUCUCAGCCACAUUUGAAGAGACCGUGUGGAACUUUGCCCAGCGCAUUGUGCCUGAACCCAACAUCAUCAAGUUGAAGAGAGAGGAGGAGACUCUGGAUACCAUCAAACAGUACUAUGUGUUGUGCAACAGCAGGGAGGAGAAGUUCCAAGCGCUCUGUAACAUCUACGGAGCUAUCACCAUCGCCCAGGCCAUGAUCUUCUGCCAUACAAGGAAGACUGCUGGCUGGCUUGCUGGGGAGCUGUCCAGAGAGGGCCACCAGGUGGCGCUGCUCAGUGGAGAGAUGCAAGUGGAGCAGAGGGCUGCUGUCAUCGACCGCUUCAGAGAUGGCAAGGAGAAAGUCCUGGUCACCACAAAUGUUUGUGCCCGAGGCAUUGAUGUGGAGCAGGUUUCUGUGGUGAUCAACUUUGACUUGCCAGUAGACAAGGAUGGUAACCCAGACAACGAGACGUACCUGCACAGGAUUGGUCGCACGGGACGAUUUGGCAAAAGGGGAUUGGCCAUCAACAUGGUGGACAGCAAGAUGAGCAUGAACAUCCUCAACCGGAUCCAGGAGCAUUUCAGUAAGAAAAUUGAGAGACUGGACACGGAUGACCUGGACGAAAUUGAGAAGAUUGCCGGCUAAAAAGAGCGGCUGUCUAAGGAUUGUAGGCUCCUACGGUGUUUUAUGCUUUUAUUUUUUUAGCUGUCGGAGAAAAGAGCAAAACCACAAAGACGGCAUAUGAUUGCAUGUGGAUACGUCUCCUCUCAGAUGAGUGUUUUGUAAGUCUCCGGAACAUACCCAAUUUCACUCUUUGUACUUCUUUGAAUAAAGUCUUUGAAUAAAGUCUA